AUGAGCGACCUGCAAAGGGCAUGGGCGAGAAACAAGCUCGGGCUGGCACACGAGCCCUUUGGCGGAUUGGCGGAAGAGGAGGAGGCAGAGGCAGACCAGGUACCCGAACUGCCGGAGCACGCGGACGACGACUCGUCCUCAGCAUCGUCAGUCUCCUCCACCGGCACCAUCAUUCCCACGCCAAGUCAGAAGCUUUUCGCGCGUCCAGAGGGGAUAUCACGCGGUAGGAGCUUGGAACCGAUACCCUGGACGACGUACUUUGAGCGAGAGCUGUACAUUGAGGCCGAGAAGGAGGCUGGCGUGACGUUUCACGCAUACCUCACUUCGCCGGUGGACAAGGGCCCUUUGCUUGUAAUGCACCACGGAGCUGGGUCGUCGGGGUUGAGCUUUGCCGUGGUCGGCGCUGAGAUCCGGAAACGCCUUCCUUCGGCGGGCAUUCUUGCUGUGGACUGCCGUGGGCACGGCAGUACUGUUUCGCCAGAAGGAGCCGCUUUAGAUCUGAGACUGCAGACCUUGUCCAGCGACCUGAAUUUCGUCAUCCAAUCGACCAAGACGAGGAUGGGCUGGGAACGGCUCCCCAACGUGGUGCUGGUCGGCCAUUCCCUCGGAGGCGCAGUGGUCACGGACCUGGCCAUGACGGGGAAGCUGGGAAGUGAUCUUCUCGGCUACGCGGUGUUGGACGUGGUGGAGGGAUCAGCCAUGGAUGCGCUGCAGAGCAUGCAAACGUAUCUAUCGACGCGACCUGGCGGGUUCGCGUCGAUACAAGCCGGCAUCGACUGGCACAUCCGAUCGCGGACCAUCCGCAGCUCCAUCUCGGCGCGGGCGUCGGUGCCCGCACUGCUGAGGCUGGACGAGGCCGAGGACCAAUCCCGGCCCUGGCGAUGGCGCACCAAUCUGGCGGCGACGCAGCCGUUUUGGGAAGGGUGGUUUGUAGGGCUGAGCAAGAAGUUCCUGGGAGCCAAGGGCGGGAAGCUGCUGCUGCUGGCCGGCACAGACCGCCUGGACACGGAGCUUACAAUUGGGCAGAUGCAAGGAAAAUACGCCUUGCAGGUGUUCCCAGAGGCAGGGCACUUUAUCCACGAGGACAUACCGGAGCAGACGGCCGUGUCACUGGUCGACUUCUACCGGAGAAACGACAGGAGCGCGCUGGUGUUGCCGCCCAAGGUUUCGGAUCUGCUCAAACAGGGCAAAAAGGUAUAG